UGUAUUAUAACCCCUCUAUAUAUCUCCUCUGAGUUAUUCACAUCUUAUUACAACAACCAUUUCAAGUUUCAACAAGUACUAGGGUUGUGAAGUUAUGUCAAGUGUUAAUUUGUCAGGGUCUAGUGAAGAAGAAUCAGAGCUUAGAAGAGGACCAUGGACUUUUGAAGAAGACUCUUUGCUAACUCAUUACAUCACUUCCCAUGGUGAAGGCCGCUGGAAUGUCUUGGCUAAAUCUUCAGGAUUAAAGAGAACUGGGAAAAGUUGUAGAUUGAGAUGGCUGAAUUAUCUGAAACCUGACAUAAAGCGUGGAAAUCUUACUCCACAAGAACAACUUGCUAUCCUUGAACUCCAUUCCAAAUGGGGUAAUAGGUGGUCUAAAAUAGCAGCAGAGCUUCCGGGAAGAACUGACAAUGAAAUCAAGAACUACUGGAGAACAAGAGUGCAAAAGCAAGCAAGGCAGCUCAAGAUAGAUUGCAAUAGCAAGAGGUUUCUUGAAACCCUGAAGCAUUUCUGGAUGCCUCGAUUAGUCGAAAAAAUGGGCCAAACUUCAUCACAAUCACAAUCCUCAUCAUCGCUUUCCUCCACAACAAACACCCAAAAUUCCGAAACCCCGGGACUGCUAACUGUUCCACAACAAGUGAAAUACACUCCCUAUCAAGCCACAAAUGAGAACCCAAGCUCUAGCCAUUGUUCUUCAGACUCAAUGAAAAAGCAGUCAGAAAAGGAGUGCUACCAUGUGGACAUUGACAAUUUUAAUGUGGAGGAUUUUAUGUCUGGUGAUAUUUUGAUGCCUGAUUGCCAAGUAGAGGCUAUUGAUUGGAUUAACAGUGAGGAUGCAGCUACAUAUUGGAACAUGGAUGAACUGUGGGAGUUAAAGAAGUAGAAGAAUCAAAUCAAACCGAUAUAAAUUUUAGCUGUGCGGUUAAAGGACUCAGAAGUAUCGUGUCUGUCAGAAAGUCGAACGAUCUAUAGAGAAGGAGGUAAAAUUUAUAAUAUCUAGAGACUAGAGUCACUAGCCUAGCCUUGGUAGUAUUAAGGGGGCAGGGGCCCCUGUUAUGAAUGUAAUGCAGAUGUUGGUACUAGGUUCUAUCAAGUGGUUGCAGUAAAACGGUAACUGUGCAGAGGUGAAUUUUAGUAAGAUGAAUAUGUAAAUUGCAGGUUUUGAUGGUAAUUUCCUCUGUUUUUGUUA